AUGAUGUUCCUCUUGUUUCUUGUCACAGAUUUCUUUUUUUCUGGUUUAGUUAGAUCAAAUGUCAGAGUCGAUUUAUCUGAACUUCCUUUUUAUUUUUCUGGAGCAGUUUACUUGAUUGGAGAUGAAUUUUUUCCAUGUCUGGUGUGCAUUGCGAAAAGUUCAUGCAUUUCGACUAGAGUGAUUCACUCUCUGGAAGCCAUGGGCUGCCUCUGUAGCAAACAAAAGCCUGUCAGAACAUCUGAUGCUGAAGAAAAUGCAAAGGUGAAAGAAAGACUCAUCCUUUGCUCAUAUGAUUCUAUAAUGCCUUACCAAGCUUGUAACCAAAUAACAUUACAAAAUAUGUUCAGCAAAGAUAUUCCUGGACUUCACAUUUUUUGUUAUCCUGGUCAUUCAUGUAUUUGUACCUUUUAAUUUCCAGGCUGCUGAGAUAGAGAAACGCAUCGCGCAAGAGGCCACGGCAGAAAAACACAUCCAGAAAGUAUUAUUGCUCGGUAAUUCUUGUCAAAUAGGAAUCAGAUAAUCCUUUGAUUAAAAGUUUACUUGAAUGUUAACUAAAUAUUUACUCUCUACGAUUUUAGUUUCUCUUCUUCAUUUAUGUUAAGCUUACUACUUGACUUUCAAUCUUUUAAUAGGAGUAAUUAAUUAUUCAUACUACUGGAGGACUUAUAAAGCUUACUUUAUAUUUUAUCACCAGAGUAAACUCUGAGUUCUUUGUUUCUGGAAGUACGCCACUAUUAAAUAGUCUAGCCCUGCGUCAAUUGACUUAUACCUUACUUAAGAAUAGUCGAUGAUGACCUUAUAGGGGUAAUUAAUUCCGCACACACGCAUGACAAUUUUCCCGUGUUUGAGAUUUUUUUCUAUUUCUGAUCUUCCAUUACUUCAGGGGCUGGAGAAUCAGGAAAGUCAACUAUAUUUAAGCAGGUUGGUGUAACAAAAUUAUUAUUGUGCAUUUUUUUUUCAAACCAUAUUCAAUCUUACACGGGAUCUAUCUACAGAUAAGACUCCUCUUUCAAACUGGAUUUGAUGAGGCUGAACUACGGAGCUACAUACCAGUUAUUCAUGCCAAUGUAUUUCAGACAAUUAAAGUAUGCAAUUCUGAAAGGGUGUGUUUGUUUUUGUUUUUACGUUUUCAGUACUGUUGUGUUGGUAGCGUCUACUGUUGGGAACCACUGGGGCGUUAUGUGAUGUAAUGAUCCAUAGAAUGAUAUUUUCCUUGACCAUUAAUGGAUUGUCUUCUGCAGAUACUGUAUGAUGGAGCUAAGGAAUUUGCACAAAAUGAAACUGAUUCAUUGAAGUAUGUUGUAUCCCUUGAAAAUAAGGUUUGAUUAUGCCUAUUCUUGUUAAUUAGCUCAUCAUUCACUUUCACGUUAAAGCAUAAACAGUUUAGGCUGAAAAUGAUCAUUUUGCUGCUGCUCUUUAACCAAGCAUGGCGUGCCCAUGAACUAAUACACGACUCACAUAGCAGACUUGUCCUGAGAGAAAAAAUAUCGUCGUUCCAUAUCAGCCGCUCUAAAUUCUGGGAAAGUUCCCAUCUUUUCUUUUUUCCUGCAUGCUUUAUGACCCCUGCACGGAAUCUGAAGAACAUUCUCCGGCCCAGUCACACAACAGGCCAGAGAUUUUAGAUCCAAACCAAUCUGUGGUUCAAUUCUGAUGAUGCUCAGUCUGAACUGGUCUGAUGGGACCGAUAGGAUUUCCUUGAGUAAUUUUUUUCAGCCUCUACUUAGAUGAAAUGGGUCAUGUUUGUAAUCCCGAAGCAUAGACAACAUGUCAUUGCUUGUAUUAGUCUCACAGUCUUCUCAUAGUAUAGCUUCUAAGUUGGUGCCCAUUAGCUGUGAUGUUAAUGAAUGUGCUUCAUUAAGUUCGGUUUAAUGGAUAAACUCGUUCGUGUCACAUUGAAAUGUAGUAUUGCCUAAUGAAUGGUGUAUCCUUCACCAGGUAAUUGGUGAAAAGCUAUCUGAAAUUGGGGGUAGAUUGGACUACCCUUGCCUUACAAUGGAGCUUGCAGAUGAGAUAGAAACUCUAUGGAAUGACACUGCAAUUCAGGUUCUCGUUUCAUUCUUAUUCAUUUCCUGCAACUGGGGAGCUCACAUGAGUGCUUUCCCGUGGUUUUGAUAUAAUGGCCCUCUGUCGCCAGAGAAAUGAGCCUUUUCUCGGUUUUGAAUGGUCUCUCCAUGCAGGAGACUCUUUCCCGUGGAAAUUUGAUUCAAGUUCCAGACUGUGCCCAAUAUUUCAUGAAGAGUUUGCGCCGAGUCUCUGAUGCGAAUUAUGUCCCAACCAAGGUGCAAAAUUCAGGACUGUUGAAAUUUCCUUCUGGCUCAAGAAUUUGAUGCUUUUUGCAGAUGGCAAACUUUCAAGGCAUCUUUAUUGUUACGAAUAUCUGACUUUGCAUCAUACGUGGUGCUCACUAUUUCGCGUUAUCUUUUUAAUAUCAUCUAUCCUAGGGUAAAGGAAAACCAUUUCUUUUUCACAAAAAAAAUGUUGGAUAUUCAUUCCAUUUUUUCUGUGGAUAUUAUGGUGAUUAGCAGACGCCUAUGCACAUCUCCUCGCUCCCGCAGAAAUAUUUCCAUGUAGGAGAUCCCUCCCAGAUUUUUUUCCACAGUGAUAGCGAACUGUUUUUAAAAUCUGCCACCUUGAAAUUUUUCUCUAGAAAUAUUUAUUGACUCUACCAUCGAUUACCUUUCUUUGGGCCGUAGAACCUAACCUAUUCACCAUGCACGCUAGGAUUUGGUUAUUUCUAUGAAGGCAAGUGAAUCUUGGUGGUCAGUGAGGAAAGCAAGGCCUAAUGUGGAAAGUCGUCAUCUUGAUUCAGUAGAUUUUUUUUCUUCUUGGUUGAAACUUAUAAUUCGUCUUGAAUGUAAAGGGUCCUUUUAUUAGAGAUUACCAUUUUAUCAAUUGGCGCUUUCUUCCCACAUGUUAAUGUUAAAUGCACAUACAUACUACAGGAGGAUGUUCUUUAUGCAAGAAUAAGAACAACCGGCGUUGCAGAGAUCCAAUUCAGGUGAGCCUUAUGAUUAUCACACCAUUCAACUUUCAGUGUUUUUCUGACUCAAAUGGAUCAGAUUUCUUCUGUUCAGAGAACAAAAUUUGUUCCAAUAUACAUAAUUUUUUUUUACUGAGUUCCGGGUUUGAUUCUCACCUUUGCACGCUCAGAUGAAAGUGUGCCUCCCCACGUUGGUUUUGCUCAUUGUUUGCUUGUUGUUCAUUCAUUUACACGCCACAGUCGGCAUUCGAAUUGGCAGAAUGUGAUGAAACUGAAGGCGAGCUUCCUUCCUCUUUCAGCCCCGUGGGCGAGAACAAGAGGAACGGGGAGGUGUACAAGCUGUUCGACGCGGGGGGUCAGAGAAACGAGAGGAGGAAGUGGAUCCACCUGUUUGAGGGGGUCACCGCCGUCAUAUUCUGCGCCGCCAUAAGCGAGUACGACCAGGCGCUCUUCGAGGACGAGACCAAGAACCGGAUGAUGGAGACGAAGGCGCUCUUCGACUGGGUCCUUAAGCAGCCCUGCUUCGAGGUCCCGACUCUCAGACCUCCCCCUUCCUCCUCCUCCUCCUCUUCUUCUUCUUCUUCUUCUAGAUCUGUGGGUGGAAUUCUUGCAGAAAACCUCCUUCAUGCUCUUCCUCAACAAGUUCGACAUAUUCGAGGAGAAGGCGCUGAAGGUAAACGCCCCCAGCCACCGUGCUCUUGGUCAGCAAUCAUCAUCCCGCAGAGAUCUCUGAUGAGUUCCCCCAGCCCUGCAGGUCCCCUUGAGCGUCUGCGAGUGGUUCAAAGACUACCAGCCCGUCUCCUCUGGGAAACAAGAGGUCGAGCACGCAUACGAGUAAGCCCCAUCCCCCGCACCCGGCCCGAAAAUCAGGUUUAGCAAGGAAAUUAGGCCCGGCCCGGAGUUGACUAUCUGGAUUUUUCUACUGCCCGGGGUGGGGUUGGGUCUCGCAGGGAGUUGACCUGUGGGUGUUUUCCGCAGGUUUGUGAAGAAGAAAUUUGAGGAGCUGUAUUUCCAGAGCAGUGGGCCGGAGCGGGUGGACCGGGUGUUCAAGAUCUACCGGACGACGGCCCUCGACCAGAAGCUCAUCAAGAAGACGAUCAAGCUCGUGGAUGAGACCCUCCGGAGGAGGAACCUCCUCGAGGCCGGCCUUUUGUAA